GACUUGCUCUGCACCACCCUUUCACACCCGGCUGAAGGCGGCCCGCGCCCUGACCCCACCGCCAGGGGGCGCCCGCGGGACCCCCGGCGGGAGCGUGCACCACGUGGCCCGGAAACGUGCUGGGCGCCGGCGUUGAGGCGAGGCCCUGUGAGGUGGGCGGGUGACCUGGGCUCACAGAGACCCGCAAGGUACAGCUGGCCGCCGAGGGAGGCUGGGACUCCGUGGGAGACAGGGAAGGGGUAAGGCCGGCAGGGCAGGAGGCCCGGGCAGCGCAGGGUGCCAGCAUAGACGUGCUGCCCUGCCCUCUCAGAGGCGGCAUGUUGCCCUGGCCCUCUCGGCGGUGGGGCGCAGGCGAGGAGCAGGCGCCCGAGGAACACGGCCGCUCCGCAGGCACUGACCCCAGCCAGGCCUGGAACUCUGGAGAGGAAGCCCUGGGGGAGCCAGGAACAUCCCCACAGGACCGCCCUCAGCCCAGGUCCCCAAGGCCUUUCCAGAUCCGGAGAGAGCAGCUGCUGGCCGGGUCCCCCUCAGGCCUGGCUGCUGAGCAGUCCCCAGGAACCCCAGUUCCCCUUUCACCUCAGAUGGCCUGGGAGGUGGCCCCCUCAAGGAUGACCCUGCUGGCACCGUGGGACCCCAACUAUGAGGCUAAAGCAGGACCUCAGCUGGAGUGGGGGCCCAGCUGUGGGUCUGGCGCCUCCUUCUCAGGCCGGACCUUGUGUCAUCCCUCCUGGCCGCUGUACGAGGCAGCCUCAGGCAGGGGCUGCAGGCCCCUGGCUCCCACAACAGGACAUCAGAAUGGCGAGCAGGCGCCUAGGGGUGCAGGGUUCCCGGUGAUAUGCUGUGAAGAUGUCUUUCUUUUAGACCCUCUGCUUCCCUGGGGGCAGCGUGUUCCCCUGUACCUGUCUGAGGCCCCUCAACAGAUGAUGGGCUCUCUGAAGCUGCUGCUCCCACCCCCUAUCAUGUCGCCCUGGGUCCGCCCAGUCCAGUCCCCACGCUGCUCCACUGCCUGGCUCAGUGGGCCUGAGCUGAUCGCCCUCAGUGGCCUCUUGCAGAUGAGCCAGGGGGAGCCAAGACCCAGCUCCUCCGGCCCCCCAAGGGCUCCCCCACCCCCUGCUAGUCCCCCAGACCCUGUCUCUGAUCAGCCAGGCCCCAGUGGCUGCCCUAGCUGUUCUCACUGCACUGACCCAUCUCUCCCAUGGACCCCAGGCACCCAUUAACCAUAGCCACUUGUGGGAACCAUGGGCUCCCUACUCUUCCAAGCAGGUUUCUAUUAAUAAAAGUGUUGGUUUGCAAA